GCUUCCCCAGAACACACCGGCGGGGAUCUGUCUUGUGCCAGUUGCGCUCUGAGCAGUGCUGACCCUCUGCCGCAGUGGUCUGUCCUUCCACCGCGUACUCGCUGCCUCGUCCCUGUCUGCACCUGCCGCCCAGCGCGCAACAGCCCGGCUCCAGCAUGACGGACCAGGCGGCCUUCGAUACGAAUAUCGUUACCCUGACCCGCUUUGUCAUGGAAGAGGGCAGGAAGGCCCGCGGCACCGGCGAGAUGACCCAGCUGCUCAACUCUCUCUGUACCGCGGUCAAAGCCAUCUCCACCGCCGUGCGCAAGGCCGGCAUCGCGAACCUCUAUGGAAUUGCUGGCUCUACCAACGUGACGGGUGAUCAAGUGAAGAAGCUGGAUGUCCUCUCCAAUGACCUGGUCAUUAACGUAUUACAGGCAUCCUUUGCAACCUGUGUUCUUGUGUCAGAAGAAAAUAAACAGGCCAUAAUCGUGGAGCCUGAGAAAAGGGGUAAAUACGUGGUGUGCUUUGAUCCCCUUGAUGGAUCUUCAAACAUUGACUGCCUUGUGUCCAUUGGAACUAUUUUUGGCAUCUACAGAAAGGUCUCUACAGGUGAGCCUUCUGAGAAGGACGCACUGCAGCCAGGCCGGAACCUGGUGGCUGCUGGCUAUGCGCUCUAUGGCAGUGCCACCAUGUUGGUCCUGGCCAUGGAGAAUGGUGUCAACGGCUUCAUGCUGGAUCCGGCCAUUGGAGAGUUCAUUUUGGUGGACAAGGAUGUGAAGAUCAAAAAGAAAGGGAACAUCUACAGUCUCAAUGAGGGCUAUGCCAAGGACUUUGACCCUGCCAUCACUGAGUAUGUCCAGAGGAAGAAGUUCCCCCCAGAUAACUCAGCCCCCUAUGGGUCCAGGUACGUGGGCUCCAUGGUUGCCGAUGUCCACCGCACCCUGGUCUAUGGAGGGAUCUUUCUGUACCCAGCUAACAAGAAGAGCCCCAAAGGAAAGCUGAGACUACUCUACGAAGGUAACCCAAUGGCUUACAUCAUGGAGAGGGCUGGAGGAUUGGCUACCACUGGGAAGGAAGCUAUAUUGGACAUCGUUCCCACUGACAUCCACCAGAGGGCGCCAAUCAUCUUAGGGUCCCCUGAAGAUGUGACUGAAUACUUGGAGAUAUGCAAGAAGCAUGCUGCCAAGUGAAGAGCUGACCUUGCGCACACCAAAAAGAAUUGCCUUUUAUCUGGACCUUUUAUCUCACAUGGCACUACCCUAUUCUGACUAUGCAUUAUACAUUCCUAGACAGCAGAAAUAAAAAGCAUGGAUAUUUUUCACCAUCAAA